GUUCACUUGUGCCUCUCAGUGUCUGGUAUAAAAGCAGCUGAAAGUCUGAGGGUUGAAGGUUUUCAGGGUUUUUCUACAGGACGACGCCUGCUCAGGGUCCAUCACUUCACCUUUACCUGCUCAACCUACAUCUGACCUCUGACCUUUGACCAGUAGAGCCAUGAGCCUCCAUCAGAGCUCGGUGGGUCCUGGAGACACCCUCAGUGUGUCAGCGACUCUGGCUCCGCCCCCUCCUUGCUGCCACAGCGAUGAUGAGGAUGAGGACCUGAACAAGGCGCUGGGCAUCGAGUGUUUACAGCAGAUCCUUCAUCCAGCGUGUCGCAGCCCACCUGAGAAACACCGAGUGUACGACGAGCACGACAUUGAAGAACACCGUCACUCGUCUGUCCACGUCCAUCAGCCGCUGUCCAAAGUCACCGACAGCAGGAGGAAGAGGACCAAUGAGGGCAGGAGGGAGAGCCGACGGGGCUCCAACCCCACUGCUGCCGCCACCAUAGAAGAAGACCAGGAGGACGAGGGCUGUGAUCAGGGAGGAUCAGACAGUCGGAGGGACGGCCAAACACCUGGACGUGGCCCGCCCUCCAUCUCCACCAAUCAUAAUGGGCUCUCACCAGUGACCAUAGGCAUCACUGCUGACGACACAGAGGAGAAUGAAACUCUGACAUCUGUCGACCUGGACGGCAUCAAGAGUCACAGGUUGGAUGAUGUUCCAGCCGUUCGGCGUCACCUGGUGAGGCGGAGCUCCAGAGGACCAAUCACUUACGUCGCCAAAGAUCAGAAAGAGGCUCUAAGUGUCUGGACACACCUUCAGCCAGACCGGACCCCUCAUGAGGUGUUUGUGGAGCUGAAUGAGCUGGUGAUUGACCGGAACCAGGAGCUCCAGUGGAGGGAAACGGCUCGAUGGAUAAAGUUUGAGGAGGAGGUGGAGGAGGAAACGGAGCGCUGGGGUCGACCCCACAUCGCAUCGCUGUCCUUCAGAUCGCUGCUGGAGCUUCGGAAGACCAUCUCACAGGGUGUGGUACUCCUGGACCUGAAGCAGAGGACUCUCCCUGGCAUCGCCCAUCAUGUGGUGGAUCAGAUGGUGAUCUCAGACCAGAUCAAAGCUGAAGACCGGGCCAACGUCCUGAAAGCCCUGCUUCUGAGACACAGUCACCCCAGUGAUGAGAAGGACCACAGUCUGUUCAGCAGAAACAUCUCUGCUGCCAACAUGGCCACUCUGACGGACAAGCACAGCAGCCAAUCAGAGCCCUCUGUCAGCCAGACCAAUCACAUAGAGGCAAAUGGAGACACGAGCAAGAGAGAAGCCCCGCCCACCUGUCUGUCCAGAUCCAAACAUGAGAUUAAGCUGAUGGAGAAGAUUCCAGAGCGAGCCGAGGCCACUGUCGUCCUUGUGGGCAGCGUGAGCUUCCUGGAACAGCCGUCCAUGGCCUUCGUGCGGCUGCAAGAGGCCGUCCUACUGGAGUCGGUGCUGGAAGUUCCCGUCCCCGUCAGGUUCCUGUUCCUCCUGCUGGGCCCGCCCACCGCCAACAUUGACUACCAUCAGAUUGGACGCUCCAUCUCCACGCUCAUGUCAGACAAGGACUUCCAUGAGGCUGCGUACCAGGCUGAUGACCGGCAGGACCUGCUGACCGCAAUCAACCGUUUCCUGGACUGCAGCGUGGUACUUCCUCCUCUGGAGGUCGGUGGAGACGAGCUGCUGCACUCGGUCGCACGAUUCCAGAGAGAAAUCCUUCGAAAACGAGAGGAGCAGAGCAGCAAACUGCAGGAGAAACAGCUGAGCAUCCAGGAAGAAGAUUCCCUGGUUCCGUCCAAACCCGGCGAGGAGCCUCUGAGGCGUACAGGUCGUCUGUUCGGAGGGCUGAUCAAAGAUGUGACUCGCCGUUACCCACAAUAUCUCAGCGACAUCAGAGAUGCUCUGAACGCUCAGUGCAUGGCGGCCAUCAUCUUCAUCUACUUCGCUGCUCUGUCUCCAGCCAUCACUUUUGGAGGACUUCUGGGUGAGAAAACCGAGGGUCUGAUCGGUGUGUCGGAGCUGAUUGUUGCCACGGCGAUGCAGGGUGUGGUGUUCAGCGUGCUGGGUGCUCAGCCACUGCUGGUGAUCGGCUUCUCUGGACCGCUGCUGGUGUUUGAAGAGGCCUUCUACACUUUCUGUAAAGUGAACGGGAUCGAGUACCUGACGGGCCGGGUCUGGAUCGGGUUCUGGUUAGUGCUCAUCGUUCUGCUCACCGUGGCCUUCGAGGGCAGCAUCCUGGUUCGCUUUGUGUCCCGGUUCACUCAGGAGAUCUUCUCCUUCCUCAUCUCCCUCAUCUUCAUCUAUGAGACCUUUAACAAACUGGCCAAGAUCUUUCAAGAACAUCCUCUCCAAAAUUGUUACCGGGGAAACAACACAGAGCUUCCACCUUUCUGUAACUACAGCGCAGUGGCAGCAGAUUCUGAGAAGGUUUUAGGAGAACCAAACACUGCCCUGCUGUCACUGGUUCUCAUGUCAGGAACGUAUUUCAUCGCCUUUUACCUUCGCAAGUUUAAGAACAGCUCCUUCUUCCCUGGAAGGCUCCGGCGGAUCAUUGGAGACUUUGGCGUUCCUAUAGCGAUCCUGAUCAUGGUGCUGGUGGACUACAGUGUGGAGGACACCUACACCCAGAAACUGAGCGUGCCCAGUGGCUUCUCUGUGUCCAGUCCAGACAAACGUGGUUGGCUGAUUUCUCCUCUGGGCUCAGACGGACAGUUUCCUGUUUGGAUGAUGGCCGCCAGCGUCCUGCCGGCAAUUCUGGUCUUCAUCCUGGUCUUCAUGGAGUCCCAGAUCACAGCGCUGAUCGUCAGUAAAAAGGAGCGCAUGCUGGUCAAGGGAACUGGAUUCCAUCUGGACCUACUCAUCAUCGUGGUGGUGGGCGGAGUCUCGGCUCUGUUCGGGUUGCCGUGGUUAUCUGCUGCCACCGUUCGCUCGGUCACGCACACCAACGCCCUCACCGUCAUGAGCAAAGCCGUCGCCCCUGGAGACAAGCCUCGUAUCCAGGAAGUAAAGGAGCAAAGGGUGACAGGGUUCCUGGUGGCCCUUCUAGUCGGCCUGUCCAUCGUCAUCGGGGACGUCCUACGUCAGAUCCCUCUGGCUGUCCUCUUCGGGAUCUUCCUGUACAUGGGUGUGAUGUCUCUGAACGGGAUCCAGCUGACGGACCGCCUCAUCCUGCUGCUGAUGCCCCCCAAGUACCACCCAGACCACAACUAUGUACGCAAGGUGCGGACUCUGAGGAUGCACCUGUACACCGUGGUUCAGCUCACCUGUCUGUCUCUGCUGUGGGUUGUCAUGGCGACAGCAGCAGCACUGGCCUUCCCCUUCGUGCUGCUGCUGACCAUCCCCGUCAGGAUGCUGCUGCUGCCCCGUCUGUUCAGCCGCAGAGAGCUGCAGAGCCUGGAUGCCGACGACGCCGAACCUCAUCUGGAUGAGAAGGAAGGGCAGGACGAGUACUCGCAGCUGCAGAUGCCCGUGUGACCAUGAGCACUGCCUCCUGAUUGGCCAACGAUCUCCUGUCAUUAACAUACGUGUUCAUGUCUUCCA